AUGUCUAGAUCGCACAGCAGAAUCCAAUCCACUGGUCCUGUCUCCGGAUUUGUACGGUAUGAUGAGAAAAGAGCUUGGGUCGUAGAGGAAGAAUUUGAGCCUUCAAGAAAAGGCAGCUCACGCCAAAGAACAUUGGUGUACCUGCUUCUUCUUUCCGAGGCAAUCAUGGCGGCAUCUCUCUCAGCACAAAUACCAUUACUUCUGGAUGCUUCAUCGUCUGCUUGUUCGGAUUACAGCUCUGCGUAUAUCAGGAGUCUUCUGGAGUGCGCAUAUUUCUUUGGAAGCACAUGCAGUGUCUUCUGGGGCUCAGUAGCAGACAAGGCCGGACGGAAGAUGACAGGUAUGCUUGGUCUGGGUGGCACAUUGGCGUGCUGUCUGUCUAUGGGCUUUGCUACCAACCUUCCCGGCUGGGUCACUCUGCGUUUCCUGUCUGGAUGCAUGGGUUCUGCAGUCUUUACGGCUGCUCUUGCGAUGCUUGCUGACCUCAGUAUGUCAUCUAACAGAGCCUUACAAAAUGUAUCCCGUUUGCCUCUCAUAUCUGUUUGUGGAGGUAUUGGUCCACUUUUACAGUCGAUUGUCAGACAAAUUGGCGAGCAUGCUCCUGUUGGAAUUUGGUCGCAGUGGCCUGCUCUGAACGGUCAGAUUGCGUGUGCUAGCUUGAUUCUUGUCAUCUUCCUGGUCGAAAUUAUUUGCUUGCAUGAGACUCUGGAUCGUCAUGUGGCAGUCAGCUGUAAGAGUGAAGAGACAACUUUGCUUGGACGCACAGUCGACAACAGCGAGGCAUUGUUGUCUGUAUCUGUUGUGGACCUCGACGAACAAUCCUCAAGGAUCUGUAUUGACGACUUUCUGCAAGCGCCCUCUUUCUUAACCCUUUUGGCUUCCUUUUCUAUUCUUUCUUUGCACUCAUCAACAUUUGAGGUGCUACUCCCGCAUCUUGCUGACUCACCUGCCAACGUGGGUGGCAUGGGCCUUCCUUGUGGUCUUUUGAACACGAUUAUCACCAUCGUGAAGAUUGUGGCCGCUAUGGGAGUGUUCUACGCCUUGCCAAGAUUCUCGGCCAAAGUGUCUGCAUUGUCAGCUUACCGCCAGAUCUCUGUCACCUUUCCUGCUAUCUACGUAUUGAUUCCGUUCUUCGCUAUGCUUGCUACCGUAUCCGGAGCACCAGGAACCUCAUGGGCUAUGUUCAGCACAGUGGCCGUAAUCGCCAAAGAACUGGCUGCAGAAUUGGCAAUGGUGCUGGCCAUCUUACUUGCAUUCUCUGCAGCCCCUAACGCAGCGUCCGCUGGCACCAGCAUUGGUCUUCUUGGCCUGUCCAAUCUCUUUAAAGCGCUUGCGGUCGGCGUGAGUGGCUUGAGCUAUUAUCUCUCGAACGCAUACUCCGUAGUCGCUAUCAACGCGACUUUGUGGGCGUUGUUGGCUGCGCUAGCAUUCACUGGAUCGUGUAUCAACUGGAGACUGAGAGAGGCUCCUCUUGUUGGACAGGACAUCCCAGCUGAGUUGUUACGAUGGAACAGUGUAUUUGAUGCCGAGUCGGACUCUGAGACCGGAGUGUAG